AUGAAGUACACCUACACUUACACAUCCGUCGCAGCAGCGCUGGCUGCUGCUGUUAAUGCUCAAUCUGCUCCUGGCUUCCCAGUCCAAGUCGAAGAUAAUUUCCGAGUAUAUUUCGAAAGUCCUACCACCGAGGUCGAUCCGCCCGGCGAACUGUUGCCUCGAGAAGAUACGCUCGUUGAACCUACCGCCCUGGGACCCGCAGACUCUACACGAACUCGGACAUUCAUGCUGUUCCUCGUUGACCAAGACGUGACCACUAGCGACGGCUCAACAGUCCAGCUGCUUCACUACUUCCAGCCGAAUCUCUCGGGUGCAUCUGAAGUGCUAUUCAAUGAUGCGACCACGGAAAAUGCCACUACAGCGCCGAGCGUAGACUAUCUCCCGCCCACACCACCCGCGGGAGACGGCCCGCACAGUUACACAUUUCUCCUCUAUCCGCAGCCAGAGGAUUUUUCUAUUCCUGAUUCCUUUUCGUCUUUCUUCCCUCCGGAAGACACGAAUGCUAGGUUUCCAUUCGACAUGGCGGGAUUCGCCGAGGCCGCCAACCUAGGUGCACCGGCUGGUGCGAAUUGGUUCCAAGUCGAGAAUGGCGAAGCUUCACCAUCAAGUACUAGCACAGCUUCUGAUUCUGCAUCGAGUACUGCGUCGACGUCGGCGUCGACGUCAGCGUCUGAAUCUACCACCACUGCCGAUACAACCACGACUACAGAAUCAACAGGUGACUCUACGUCUUCGACUAGCACUACUUUCGAGACAGUCACGGCGACGGCUUCGACCAGCGACUCUGGGUCCGAAGUUACCAGUACAGCUACAGCCACUGCUGAGACAACAAGCACGACCAUUGAAGCAUCUUCUGGGGUUACAGUCAUACCUAGUACCAGUUCCGGUGCUGGUACUAGUGCUAGCGCAAGUGUUAGUGCUGCUGGCGAUUCUGGCGCCGGCAUCGUCGAGGCUGGCAACAGCAUGAGACAGCUGAUUGUUGGGCUCGUUUUGGGCAUUGCUGGCGCUCCGUUAUUCGGCCUGUAG